CAGUUCACGCUUAGACGUCAGCACGUUCACAACAACUAGCGCUUUAAUUGUGUUCGUGUCAGCAUAACAUAAAUCGUUAACCGUCAGAAAACGAAAAUAAAAAGAAAUCAAGAAGCAUGACUCACAAGAUUAUAUUAUUGGCCUGCCUGGCUGUUUCUGUGUGCAGCGCCGCUAAGGUGCCCGUUGCCGUUUACUAUGAGUCCCUGUGCCCGGACAGCGCCAAGUUUAUUACGGAGCAACUGUAUCCGGCGAUGAAGAGCGAGCUGCGUGACCACGUCGAACUGACAUUUGUGCCCUUUGGCAAGUCCCAGUUUACCACACAAGGCUCGGAGGUGACCUUCACCUGCCACCACGGCCCCAACGAGUGCUACGGCAACAAGGUGCAUGCCUGCGCCAUUGAGCACAUUCAGGCCAAUUCCUAUCAGGUGGAGUACACCCGCGAAUCGCUAACGCUUGACUUUAUCAACUGCCUGAUGCGCGCCGGCAAGAACUUCCCCGACAAUGUGUACCCCGGCCAGCGUUGCGCUACGGAAAACCAUGUCAACAACUGGGAGAACAUCAAGACCUGUGCCAACACCACCGAUGGCAGCAUCCUGCUGCGCAAGGCUGGCGAGACCACGCAGCGACUGAAGGAGCCGCUGACCAGUGUGCCCACCAUCCUGUUCAAUGAGCAAUUCGACAAGAAAGUCAAUGAGCGCGCCCAGGUCAACUUUGCCGGCACGCUCUGCAAAUAUGUGUCGGCGCCCCAGCCCCGCAUCUGUGCCCAGCACAACGGCGCCAUGGGUCUCGCUGGCGCUGGCUCCCUUCUCAGCGCCAUUUUGGGCAUCUGGUUCAUGCGUCAGCUUUUCAACUAAGUGCUCGACAUGAAUAUCUAAUUUGAAUCUCCGCAAUUUGUAUAUUACUUUAUUAUUUUACAUCCCAACUUAAAAUCCGUCCGCAGUUAGCUCUAGCAUUUACACAAAACUUUAUCAAAUAA